CCGCAGCACCUCCCUCAGACGCACAGCGGCAGCGCAGCUUCCACCGACAAUGAUAUUCAAGGCACUUGCGGCUCGUCUGCAGCGAUAGGAGAGAACAGGAGGAGAGAAAGAGAGAACCUCACCUCCUCAAACAGCGAGUGAGGGAGGGCAAAAAAAAAAGAGACAGAAAAGCGGCAGAGAGAGAGAGAGAGAGAGGAAGAGAAGAGGCUGUGGAGUAAAAGAAAAGACAGCAGCGGCUUGGACCUCCAGCAAGGAGUGUUUUAAUUGUCUUGCGCUUUAUUAUAAAGUGUCAUAAUUUCCCACACAGAUUCGACAUGUCCUCGUCCGGUAAAGACAACAGCGGUGCCCAACAUGCCAAUUACGUGGGACCUUACCGUUUGGAGAAGACGCUCGGGAAAGGACAGACAGGUUUGGUCAAGCUCGGAGUCCACUGUGUAACAUGCCAGAAAGUCGCUAUAAAGAUUGUCAACCGUGAGAAGCUCAGUGAGUCAGUACUAAUGAAGGUGGAGCGAGAAAUAGCUAUUUUGAAGCUCAUAGAACACCCGCAUGUUUUAAAGCUACAUGAUGUCUACGAAAAUAAAAAAUACUUGUACCUUGUGCUAGAACACGUGUCAGGUGGUGAGCUGUUUGACUAUUUGGUGAAGAAAGGAAGGUUAACACCAAAAGAGGCCAGGAAAUUCUUCAGACAGAUCAUGUCUGCUCUGGAUUUUUGCCACAGUCAUUCCAUAUGCCACAGGGAUCUGAAGCCUGAGAACCUGUUGCUAGAUGAAAAGAACAACAUCAGGAUAGCAGACUUCGGCAUGGCCUCCCUUCAGGUUGGAGACAGUCUGUUGGAAACCAGCUGUGGCUCUCCACAUUACGCCUGUCCAGAGGUCAUCAGGGGAGAGAAGUAUGACGGGAGGAAAGCAGACGUCUGGAGCUGUGGGGUCAUUCUUUUUGCCCUGUUGGUGGGUGCCCUGCCGUUUGAUGACGACAACCUGAGGAAUCUGCUAGAGAAGGUGAAGUUGGGAGUGUUUCACAUGCCGCACUUUAUCCCUCCAGACUGUCAGAAUCUUCUCCGUGGCAUGAUUGAAGUUGACGCCUCCAAAAGACUAACGUUAGAACAGAUCCAGAAGCACACAUGGUACAUAGGUGGAAAGAACGAACCAGAGCCAGAGCAGCCUGUGCCCAGGAAGGUGACCAUCCGCAGCCUUCCCUCUGCAGACGACAUCGACCCUGACGUACUGGACAGCAUGCACUCCCUGGGCUGCUUCAGAGACAAGAACAAACUACUGAAAGACCUGCUCUCAGAUGAUGACAACCAAGAAAAGAUGAUCUAUUUCCUGUUACUGGACCGUAAGGAAAGGUACCCGAGUCAGGAAGACCAGAACCUCCCCCCUCGCAACGAAAUCGAUCCUCCACGGAAGCGAGUGGACUCUCCAAUGUUGAACCGUCAUGGCAAGAGGAGACCAGAGAGGAAGUCCAUGGAGGUCCUAAGUGUCACAGAUGGAGGCUCACCCGUACCAGCCAGGCGAGCUAUCGACAUGACACAGCAUGGACAGAGGUCGCGGUCUAUUAGUGGAGCCUCCUCUGGCCUCUCCACCAGCCCCCUCAGCAGCCCACGGGUUACCCCUCACCCCUCCCCUCGAGGCAGCCCCCUCCCCACCCCAAAGGGAACCCCAGUGCACACUCCCAAGGACAGCCCGGCCGGGACCCCCACCCCAACGCCGCCCCCCAGUCCAUCCAUUGGAGGCAUGCCUUGGAGGACGCGCCUCAACUCCAUCAAGAACAGCUUCCUGGGCUCACCACGCUUCCACCGCAGGAAACUCCAAGUUCCCACACAAGAGGAAAUGUCCAGCCUCACACCAGAGUCUUCCCCAGAACUUGCCAAAAAAUCCUGGUUUGGUAACUUCAUCAACCUGGAAAAAGAGGAGCAGAUCUUCAUUGUCAUCAAAGACAAGCCUCUCAGCUCCAUCAAGGCAGACAUCGUCCAAGCCUUUCUCUCGAUCCCCAGCCUGAGCCACAGUGUGAUCUCUCAGACCAGUUUCCGAGCAGAGUACAAGUCCACAGCAGGCCCUACAGUCUUCCAGAAGCCGGUCAAAUUCCAGGUGGAUAUCACCUACACGGAGAGCACAGCCGCCACCAAGGAGAAUGGCAUCUACUCUGUCACCUUCACACUGCUCUCAGGACCAAGCCGGCGCUUUAAGCGAGUAGUGGAGACAAUUCAGAGCCAGUUGUUAAGCACACAUGACCAGCCUGGGGUCCAACAGCUGUCUGGCAGCCCAUUGAGUAACUUCUUUGACGUAAUAAAACAACUUUUUUCAGACGAGAAGAACGGACAGGUGCCCUACCCCCCUGGCACGCCUUCCAAGCACUGCCCCUCGCCCAUGCACGUCUGGAGGCACGAGCCAGAAAAUAAUGACACCAAAUUUCCCGCUGCGGGCCAAGACAGAGCCAAGUUGUCGCUGGCGUCUGUGGGGACACAGGAGGAGUCUUAGACUGAGACGCUGUAUAGUCGAGCCAGUGCUAAAAACCCAUCCCAGUAUCACGAUAAGCCCAUGGCACAGAGAGAAUAUGCUCUCUGUAUAUAAGUAGAUGUACAUUAUCAUUUAUGGACCUUUUUUUGUAUAAAAUGACUUUAUAUAGAUAUAAAUAUAUUGAGAUAAUUAAAAAGAUAUUUUACAAAAAGCAUACUGCACCUACAUUGCAAACACUCCUGUCCUUCCACUCCCCUCUUCAUUACCUCUCAGUCUCCACCAUCAUCAUCACCACCCCUCUACUCCAACCAUCAAAUCGCCUGUGGCCCUUGCUCUGUUUUUUGCUCCUUUGUUGCUAACCUGUGUGAUGACCUGACUUGUUUCUGAUACCAGGAAUUAUCCAGAAAACCUAUUAAGUCCCUCCUCCUGCUCCCCGAUCCGCUCGCCCUCCCUCGACCACCCCUCCACCCCCCCACUGAGCGUGCCGAGAGAGACGGACAUUUGUUGACGGAGGACUGCUUUUAGAGGUGCACUGAGAGGGUGGGGGGGUUACCAUGGAAACAGACCCUUCAUGCAGACUUCCACCUUCAUCUCCCUCUGUGCCCCUUCUCCACCUCUGGCAGCCAUCAGUAGAAGUAGAUGAAAAUACCUUUAGUGUUCCCCUAUCUGAGAAACACACACACACACACACACACACACACACACACACACAAACACACACAAGUAAUCCACAUACAUGCCAGCGAAACAAGAACGCACACCUUCCCUCACCAACCAAACCCCUUUCCCCUCCAUUGAGCUCAAGGAGCAUUCAUCAAUUGGAAACAAGCAUUUUACAAAAGGACACUGCACACACACACAGAACAUAUACAUGCAUACAUGCACAGGUCCAGUAUGCACAGAAAACUCUGGGAUAUAUUAACAAGAACACGAACAACAACAAUAAAAAAGAAGACGUGCAGAGACAAAGACUGAUUCAGAGGAGGAGAGAAGGAGGAGUUUUAUGGAAAAGCCCAAACAGCCGACGCGGAUGCUUGCUGGAUUGUAUUUCUUUGCUUUUUAAUGUACUUUCUUUGUGAAGAACUGGGUUUAAAAUACUGACUUUAUUAGAAUGAACUUUAUUGCUGCAAUCGGACUGGAAUUGUGAUUUCAGAGAGGAGCGGGGAGUGAGCUGAACAGGGCAGGGGGCAGUAGGGGAGAUGAUAUGAUAGUAUAGGGUUGGGGGGAGGGACACGGGUGGGUAUGUGGGUAUUUAAAAUGAAUGAUCUAUUCUGUUGUACAGACUGAUAUCAUUUCUUAUGUAAAAAAAAAAAGAAAAAAAAGAAAAAGAAAUGUCUAAUUGUGACACUAUGUUUAGAUACCAUAGGGUCAGGUUGGUAAACCUGGCCUGCCACAUACUGUUCUUUUAAAUUCUUCUGUGUAUUUUUGUUACAUGAUAAUUUAUGUCUUUGUUUGAUUGACCUAAUAAUGAUCCAAAUGUUCCUGUUUGUGUUAUCUGCAGCACUUUGUCUUCAGUUUUCCAUUUAUACCUCUCUCUUAGUCUCACAUACCAGCAGUAGGAGUAAAGGAACAAAAAAAACAAAACAAAAAAAGACAACGUGAUAAAUGCAAUUGUGGAUAUUUUUGUAUUUUUGUCCUUAUUUAUUCAUGUUUGUUUUGAGUUCCUAAUUUAUUAUAACUUGGCUAUUUAUAUGAACAAAGCUGUUAGGUCAGUUGAAUGUUAUUUAUUACCCUCUUGUGUGUUCGUAAAAUGGGGCAACAUUUGAAGAAAAAAUGAACUUUUUUUUCUUUUGUUUUGUUCUGAAUUUAACAGAAUUAUGUGAACACAAGUCACCUCUCUGAAGAGGGAACGAGGAUUUGUGGGAACUCUUGGAAAAAAAUUAUUUACCAGUAAUUUAAGAAUGUAGACUUAGCCUCUUUUUGGAGAGGGAAUAUGCUCUUCUAUUGAUAUUUGUCAGUUUCAUAUUAUUGUGCUUGUAGGCCAGGCCUAAGGAGAAGGGCCACAGAUCCCAAUCUACUUCUUCUCUUUGUAAAUAGACAGACAAACCGUGGGGGUUGAUUGUCUUCUCAACCAUGCUGGGGAUUCCUGCUCUAUGCUUUUAGCUUGUAUUGCUGUGUGCAUGUCAAACAUGAGCUUUUCUUUGCAUGGCUUUAGUGUUCAUGUUCCAUGCCAAACUCACUCCUUCUCUCAGCCUUCAUCGAUUUUCGCUUCACAAAACUACCUUUUAACGUUUUAAAUUCCCGCUCUGUCCCUUACUUUUCACCCUCUCUGCUUUUAUUUCUGGCCUUCUUUUUUCUUUUAUUGUUCCCUCACUCUCGCUGAUCUUUCCCUUCCUCCUCCUCUUAUCUUGUGCACAAAGCUUUUGAACGAUGCUUCCUUUACUCUGUACCUCUCUCUGGAAGGCUCGGAGGUCUGGGCUCUCUCUACCUGUUUGGUGGAAGAGGCACAGUGAGGG